GAGAAAGUAUAUUUGUACUUCUUUUUCGAACAUCAAUUUUUGAUUCAGUUUUAAGUUUUGCGGUUGAUAGUAAUAUAAAUAACGAAACAUAAAUAUUAGCUUGUUUUUUAUAAGUUUUAAUUCUGUUAUAACACAUUUCAAAAUGUCUCUAUCAGAAGAUGAUACAGUUAUGGGGCCUAUAGAUAACGCAUGGCAAAUGAAAAUUCCACAGUUCAAACCAGAAGAUAACCCUCAUGGAUUACUAGAAGAAAGUAGUUUUGCCACGUUAUUUCCUCAAUACCGAGAACAGUAUAUACGCGAAAUAUGGCCAUUAGUUAAAAAAACUUUAGGAGAACAUCAUAUUAAAGCUGAAUUGGAUGUUGUAGAAGGUAGUAUGACAGUUAGUACAACCAGAAAAACCUGGGAUCCUUAUAUUAUCAUUAAAGCUAGAGAUAUGAUAAAAUUAAUAUCUCGAAGUGUGCCUUAUGAACAAGCAAAACGUGUGCUCCAAGAUGAUAUUGGUUGUGAUAUAAUAAAAAUAGGAAAAAUCACAAGAAAUAAAGAGAAAUUUGUUAAACGACGUCAAAGAUUGAUAGGGCCAAAUGGUUCUACUUUAAAGUCAAUAGAGAUAUUAACUAAUUGUUAUGUUUUGGUGCAAGGACAGACUGUAUCAGCUUUAGGGCCUUACAAGGGAUUACAGCAAGUAAGGAAAAUUGUGGAAGAUACAAUGAAAAAUAUACACCCUAUUUACAAUAUUAAAGCUUUAAUGAUAAAAAGGGAACUUGCUAAAGAUCCAAAACUGAAAAAUGAAAAUUGGGAACGAUUUCUACCCAAAUUUGUUAAUCAAAACAUUAGUAAACGUAAACAACCUAAGAAUAAGAAACAAAAGAAACCAUACACACCUUUUCCACCACAGCAGCAAGAAAGUAAAAUUGAUAAAGAAUUAGCUACUGGUGAAUAUUUUCUUAAUAAAACUCAGAAGAAAGACAAAAAGAAGAAAGAAAAAGAUGAUAAACAUGCUGAAGCUGCCAAGAAAAGGGAAGAGAAAAGAAAUCAAGCUUUUAUUCCUCCAGAAGAACCAAUUCCAUCAAGCUCUCAACCUACUUCAAGUAGUAAAGUAGAUAUAACGGCAUUGAAAGAAAAAAUUAUGAAAGCUAGAAAAGGUUCAAAGAUAUUUAAUAAAAAAUAAUGAUAACAAACUA